CUCAAAUAAACAGUGAAGAUUACACAAUUUUGCAAAAGUAGGAAUGAAAAUUCUUAUCUUACAUUGUUGCGUUGUAGUUCUCACUCUGAUAUGUAUACAGGAAGAAGUAUCAUGUCAAGUAAUGUACCCAUCGUAUGGCGGGAUGCCAAAUGGUGACGACGGGGAUGACGACCUCGGCCUCUUACUGACCGUUUUACUUUUCGCUGCGAAACAAAGAAGUAAUAGUUUGGACAGAUACGGAUAUGGUGGAUGCGGCUGUUGCAACAAUUGCUGCAGAAGCACCCAAAAGACCAUCCCGAUACCCUAUCCAAUUCCGAUAACAACUAAUAAUCCUAUAAUAUACAAAUCACAGUCCAGCGAAAAUGAUAGUGAUACAGAUGACUGUAAUGAUGACACAGCUCAAGGAAGUCAGAAAUCAAGUCAUCAUGAAAGUUCUGAAGAAGAAGAAACUACGAGUACUACCAGAGUAAAAUACAAACCGAUGCUAGUUUCAGAAUCAGCUGAAAUCUCUAUGGAUUAACGUUAAUGUUAAACACAAUAUUUUUUACUAUUUUGAUAGUUCUUUUUGUA